AUGGAUGUCAAGGGUCUCACGCUUCGGAGCAAGGCCUCGCGCCGUCGCCCCAAGAUCAGUGCUCCGCAGCCUAUCCCUAGCCACAACGCUGCAGCGCCUCCAGGAAGACCCCCGGAAGCAAGGCACCAGGCACAACCCAGUGGUGCUACUUCGGAUCUGGUCAAACGACGAUAUUCUGCAAAGUUCAAUACGCUCCCGGGCCUGGACUCAGAUGCUCCUCCGGUCCCCAUCCUCCCCAGCGGGCCCGUCGAACCCUUUGCGCCUGAUAGGGAGCCCGCGCCAUCUGGCGGUGCGCAGCCGAUUCGCGUGGAUGCAAAUGCGUUGAGGAACCCAAACUUGCCGAUUGAAAGCUACGUGACCGGGCUCUUAGAACAUGCCUCGGAGCAGGAUAUACGAGACUAUCAAAGUGACCUGCGGAAGCUAAAGAGCAAAACCUCCUCCGAUCUACAGCAGAGCGUAUACCAGAACCGCACCCAGUUCAUCAAGAUCAGUAAAGAAGCUGAGAAGCUGAGAGAGGAGAUGAGCACCCUGCGCGGUUUGAUGUCGGAGCUCACUACUACUCUUGGUCAGGCGAAUGCAACUAAUGGAGCAGGUGGCGCACAGCCCGGGUUCGAGGAUGCGCCGACAAGGAGGCAUGCACAUCGCAGCUCCAUCGCCAAUCUAGAGAGCAUGUGGAAUACCCAGUUGCAGCAGCUAUGGAAAAGCGUUGAACGGUCUCAGAAGUUCCUUCCGGCAAUACCUGGGCGUCAUAUAGUCAUGGAGUCGAGCCAAUGGGUUGAGCUUGACUCGGCAACAUGGAAACCAAAACGCCCAGUUCAUAUCGUCCUCCUCAAUGACCAUCUGCUCAUCGCUGCGAAGAAACGAAAGCGCGUUGAUCCCAAUACGUCGAAUGGGAAAUCCGUUGCCGCACCAACUAAGCUGGUAGCAGAGGAAUGCUGGCCGUUACAGGAUAUUGACAUGAUUGACCUUGGCUCUGGUUUAAACUCUGGUGAAGAUAUGGAUGAACGUGGCGUGCCGAACGCGGUUAACAUUCGAUACGGCCAGAGCUCGUUCACCUAUCGUCAGGACCAGCGGAACAACAAGCUCAAAAAUGAGCUUGUAAUGACAUUCCGUAAGACCCUGGAGGAGCUACGUAAAACCCUAAAAUCGGAAGCAGAAGUUGCUUCAAAAUCUCGGGGCGCAUUAAUAAACAGUAGUCGACCUGCUUCUCGUCGACACUCUGAAUUUCUUGAUAAUAUGGACCCACGCGAUAAACUGGAGGUGUUGAUUGAUGUCGACGGGAAGCAACAGAAUAUGAGAUGGGUGGAAGGGCAGCUUGACGAACUCGAUAUCGACAUUGCCAUACAGGUAUUUGAAACUGCAGUUUCCCGGGUUGAGAAGCUCCGAAAGCUCGCCAAGGGCCUGAAGGGGAACCAAACCGCUCAAGAUGCUAUUAAUUCCGGCGUGGAUGCAAGGGCCAACAAACUCGCUGAAAUCCUCCUCCGCGCCCUUGUUGAUACCAACUCGUUCAUGAACGCUACCAAGACGAACGUUAUCUGGUUGACUCGGCUUGGUUAUGAUGAUCGAGCUCGGGAGGCUUAUCUAAAUGCGAGAAGUCAGAUUAUAACUAAACGCGCCAGGCACUGCGUCUUCGAGGGCGACUUACUACUUUACAUAUUUCAAAUAUCAUUUGUGUACUUCACCAUGAUGAAAAACACUAUCGCCAUUUACCAACAAUGUUUCCCUUCCCAGAUGUCUAGUGCUAGCAUUAAAUGGGGGAAAGAUCAUUUGGAUGACUUCAACGCCACGCUAAGCCGCCAGCUUAGCAGCGUCGAGCCUAGUAAUCCUGUGUGGGGGAAAUGCAUGGAAAUAGUAUAUCAACAUGCGGAUUCACUUUCCGAGGUUGGAGUGGAUUUCAAAGACAUGAUUCGUGUCGAGAGCCUUAUCGUCAGAUCUCCUGAUGCCACUCCGGCAGAGUCGAGAACGCCGGUAUCUAUGUGA